AUGGGAAUAGACGUCUCGGUCAACGGUGUGGGGAAAUGGGUUGAGGUGCCUCGCGGAGAGAUAAAUGACGCCGAUAUUGACUGUAUCAUCAUCUCACAGCAGCUGGCUCUCAACUUGGUGCGGUCACCCCAGCAAUACGAUGAGAAGCUCAAACCUCUCGAGCGACCUUACACAGUGAACAUCGAUGGCGUUAUGGUGCAGUGUCAUGGCAAACUCACAGCAGUCUGGCGUUGGGUGGGUGGGCCGUACUCGUACGAGGCCGACCUCUUCGUUACUUCCGAGCUCAGCGGUCGAUAUAAAAUGUGGCUGCCACAAUUAAAGGAGUCGUCAGAGGUGAUUCCAUCGCUAAAGCCUCUUUACAGCGUUGUGCUGACUGAUGAAGAGGUGAAACGACAGCAGGAGCAAAACGACCAUGCAAACGCCGCUCACCAGGGCGUUGUGGAGGCGUCAAGCAAAUGCAAGUCCGAAAAGUUCGCGGCGCUGAUCAAGGGCAAUGAAAACACUCAAGGCCAGCAACAUCAAGGCCAGGCUUCCUCUGCGCAAAGCGUUGGCACAACAGCAUGA